AUGCGCGCACGCUAUCGCAGCCUCGGCCGCACGAGCUAUGCAGCAGCAUCUGCUUCUUCUCGCAAGGCGGCGCGUCGCGCGCUCCACGCGGCGGCGCCCGCUUCCGGUCACAUGCAGAGUCAGCGCGGUAGCGCGCCGCUCGGGCUCGCUGCCCCCGCCGCGCAGCACAUUGGGCGUAUGCUGGCCGAGGGCCUCCGGCCGGGCGCGCUCGAGCUCGCCGCGGCGAUCAGGUCGGCCUCGGCGCUCCCGGGUGGCGGCGGCGGCGCCGCCCUCGCGGGGUGCCUCCACGGGCUCGCCGUGAAGGCCGGGCGCGUGGCGAGCAGCGCGACGGUGGCGAAGGCGGUCAUGGGCGCGUACGGGAGGUUCGGGCCCCUCGCGGACGCCCUCCUGGUGUUCGACGAAAUGGCGCGCCCCGACGCGGUGUGCUGGAACAUCCUCAUCACCGCGUGCUCUCGCCGUGGGCUUUUCGAGGACGCUUUUGUUUUGUUCCGGUCGAUGCUCUCCUGUGGCGUGGUGGGGCAGAGCAUGCCGACCGCAGUGACAGUGGCUGUAAUUGUUGCGGCGUGUGCAAAGUGGAGGCAUUUGCGGACCGGCAGAAGCGUCCAUGGCUACGUGGUGAAAACUGGUUUGGAGUCAGAUACUCUCUGUGGAAAUGCAUUGGUGUCAAUGUAUGCAAAAUGUGGUGGAAGCAGGGCAAUGGAUGAUGCACAUAGAGCGUUUUCUUCUAUUCGCUGUAAAGAUGUUGUUUCAUGGAAUUCGAUCAUCGCAGGGUACAUAGAGAAUCGGUUAUUUCAAGAGGCACUUGUGCUGUUCAGUCAGAUGAUCUCACAGGGAUCUCUUCCAAAUUAUUCAACAGUGGCUAGUAUUCUUCCUGUGUGCUCAUUCACGGAGUUUGGGAGGUAUCAUGGGAAAGAAGUGCACAGUUUCGUGGUCAGGCAUGGUUUGGAAAUGGAUGUAUCUGUUUCUAAUGCACUGAUGACACAUUAUUCCAAAGUGCUUGAAAUGAAGGCUGUAGAAUCAAUAUUUGCAAGUAUGGAUGUGAGGGAUAUUGUAUCAUGGAACACCAUUAUUGCAGGAUAUGUGAUGAAUGGGUAUCACUAUAGAGCAUUGGGCCUGUUUCAUGAGCUUCUGUCUACAGGAAUUGCUCCUGAUUCUGUUUCUUUUAUCAGUCUGCUCACUGCUUGUGCUCAAGUAGGUGAUGUCAAGCCAGGGAUGGGGGUUCAUGGUUAUAUCCUUCAAAGGCCAGUACUUCUUCAAGAAACAUCCUUAAUGAAUGCUCUUGUCACUUUUUAUAGCCACUGUGAUAGGUUUGAUGACGCUUUCCGUGCUUUCACCGAUAUUCUGAACAAAGACUCAAUUUCAUGGAAUGCGAUUCUCUCUGCUUGUGCCAACAGUGAACAGCAUAUCGAGAAGUUCUUUGUACUGAUGAGUGAAAUGUGCCGUGGGGUAAAUCAGUGGGAUUCUGUCACAGUCUUGAAUGUUAUACACGUGAGUACCUUCUGCGGGAUUAAGAUGGUCCGUGAAGCUCAUGGGUGGUCCCUACGGGUUGGUUAUACAGGUGAAACUUCAGUAGCAAAUGCUAUUCUGGAUGCUUAUGUGAAGUGUGGCUACUCACACGAUGCAUGCAUACUUUUCAGAAACCAUGCUGGGCGAAACAUUGUAACUGAUAAUAUAAUGAUUUCUUGCUACCUGAAAAAUAACUGUAUAGAGGACGCUGAGGUGAUCUUCAACCAUAUGGCUGAGAAAGACCUGACUUCAUGGAAUUUGAUGAUCCAGUUGUAUGCGCAGAAUGACAUGGAUGGUCAAGCUUUCAGUCUGUUUAAUCACUUGCAAUCUGAAGGCUUGAAGCCUGAUAUUGUUAGCAUUGCAAACAUUCUUGAGGCUUGCAUCCAUUUGUGUUCUGUACAGCUUGUGAGACAAUGCCAUGCCUACAUGCUCAGAGCAUCCCUAGAAGACAUCCAUCUUGAAGGAGCUCUUGUUGAUGCGUACUCAAAGUGCGGCAACAUAACCAAUGCAUAUAACAUCUUUCAGGUCAGCUCAAAGGACCUCGUUACAUUCACUGCCAUGAUUGGAUGUUAUGCGAUGCAUGGAAUGGCAGAAGAGGCAGUAGAGCUGUUCUCUAAAAUGCUUAAACUUAAUAUUAGGCCAGACCAUGUAGUUCUGACCACGCUUCUGUCAGCAUGCAGUCACGCAGGGCUGGUUGAUGCAGGAAUCAAAAAUUUCAAGUCCAUCAGAGAGAUUCACAGAGUUGUACCGACAGCAGAACACUAUGCGUGUAUGGUUGACCUUCUUGCCCGUAGCGGACAUCUCCAAGAUGCAUAUAUGUUUGCCUUGGAUAUGCCCCCUCAUGCGGUCAAUGCCAAUGCAUGGAGCUCCCUGCUAGGGGCAUGCAAGGUCCAUGGAGAGAUCAAAAUUGGCCAACUCGCCGCUGAUCAGUUGUUCUCAAUGGAAGAGGGGGACAUUGGGAACUAUGUCAUUAUGUCAAACAUCUAUGCAGCUGAUGAGAAAUGGGAUGGUGUUGAGCAUGUCCGGAAACUGAUGAAGUCCCAGGAUAUGAAAAAACCUGCAGGAUGCAGCUGGAUUGAGGACUUCAACUUCCUGGCUGCAAAUAGUAACAAAUUCUCCUUUGUUUCACUGAGAGGCUGGAGAUUAUUUCCAUUAUCUAAAAAUGUGAGCACCGGCAAGGAUCUUGAAGCCAAGAAAGAGACCAUGGAUUUCAAGUUAACCAAGGUGCAUACCAUACCCACUUCUCCUGUUGAUGACAAGUUCAGUGUAACAGUUGUUAGUAUUGGCACUUGGCAGUGUGUCAAUACUGCACACACUGCCAACAACACUUUGACUAGAGACCUGAAGGUGCUUCCAGUUCCAGUGCUUGAGCCUUCAUGUGCAUGGACUUCCAAUGAAUUUUUUUAUCCUACUGCUCCUGAAUGCCACUCUACUUUGGAGAAGCAUACCACUUUUGGAACCAACUGCUGCCGGCUGCAGAUUUCUUCUCAGCUGCAUCUUGAAAAAGAGCAGGAGAUUGGGAUUCAGGGAGGAAGCCGAGCAGCGCUCAAGCGUUGGGCAAGGCACUGA